AUGACGAUGGUCAUUGACAACCAAGGUCGACACUACGGCGGUAUGAGUUACGAUCAUAUGUAUCCCAACAUGCAUACUUCGCCGCAAUUCAGCGACCCAUGGUCACACCAGACCAGCACCUCCAGCUCUUCAUUUCCGGCCAUGGCCAAGACGGACAGUGCCCGAUCUGGAAUGUCAAUGCCAUAUUCGCACAUGACUCCAGCAGUGUCUGGUCCAAUGACUCAAGGUAGCGGCUACUCCAGCACCGGAUUUUCUGGCGCGGAUUUGCUAAGUCUCCCUCAAGACAUUCCUCGAUCGAGCUACGGCGAGCAAUCUUAUUCUUCUCCAUCAGCGACUACGUCGUCGUACGCGCCGUCAUACUCUUCUUUGAGCUACGCCCAAUCGAUGCAUCAACAGCAACAAAACCAACAACAUCAGCAACAGAACCGAAAGUUGUCGGACUCAAUUGACAACUCCCGCGCCGCAAACGCCAGCUUUGGUGAGCUUGAUGCUUCCCGAGGCAUGUUGGCCCUAAGCCAUCAAAGCCUUCAAGAUUUGACCCCACGCAACAUCUUCGAAGCGAGAGCUCAGCGAGCAUCCACUGACUCGUAUGGCUUCCCUCACACAUCUUCCAACCACUCCUCCAUUUCCAAUGAAUCUGGUCGCGGUUAUCCCUACUAUGCGCCCAGCUCAGUUGGAUCGGUGACCGAUUCUGCCACGGACUACAGCUCAGCGGCAUCUGACACCGGGUACGAAUCAAUGGCCGCAUCGCGAACACUCCCUCGUCCCACUCAGAUGCUAGGAGCUCCUAUCGGACCCCCGGCUCCUCAAUCGAUGAUGGGACAAUUCUCCUCCAAGAUGUCUGCCAAUACUCAGAAGAAACAUAAAUGCAAGGUGUGCGACAAACGCUUCACGCGGCCUAGUUCGUUGCAGACCCAUAUGUAUAGCCAUACCGGCGAAAAGCCAUUUGCCUGUGAUGUGGAAGGCUGUGGGCGUCAUUUCUCUGUUGUCUCCAAUUUGCGCCGACACAAGAAAGUACACAAAGGCGACACGACCUCGAAUGCCAGCCAUUCGGAUGUCGAGGAGUAA